AUGACUAAAGAUAUACCUUAUUAUUGCGAUAAUGAUGAUAACAAUAUCAUCAGAUUAUUCAUUAUUAGACAUGGACAAACGGAACAUAAUGUGAAGAAAAUUUUACAAGGUCACAAAGAUACCUCGAUUAAUCCUACGGGGGAAGAACAAGCCACUAAAUUGGGACAUUAUUUAAGUUCAAGAGGUAUUCAUUUCAAUAAGGUUGUCAGUAGUGAUUUAAAAAGGUGUGAGCAAACUACGUCUUUAGUUUUAAAACAUUCCAAGCAAGAAAAUGUGCCUACAACCUAUACUUUUGGUUUAAGGGAGCGUUAUAUGGGUGUCAUUGAAGGUAUGCAAAUCACUGAAGCCGAAAAGUAUGCUGAUAAACACGGUGAGGGCUCUUUCAGAAAUUUUGGUGAGAAAGCCGACGAUUUCAUUACUAGGUUAACUGGAUGUAUUGAGGAGCAGGUCGCUGAAGCAUCUAACGAAGAUGUGAAGAAUCUAGCGCUAGUAAGUCAUGGGGGUGCAAUCAGAAUGAUUUUGCAAUGGUUGAAAUAUGAGAACCAUCAUGCUAAUAAGAUUAUCGUUUUUAAUACAUCUGUCACUAUCGUUGACUACGUCAAAGAUUCUAAACAGUUUAUCGUGAGACGUGUCGGAAAUACUCAACAUCUUGGUGAUGGGGAAUUUGUCGUCAGUGAUUUGAGAUUACGUUAG